AUAACAACAGAAACAGUAGUGACAAUUUUUUAUCCACAUCUUUCAUGCAAUUUUUAGUUUUAGAAUCUCAAGUGAAAGCCAUUUCAAGAUUACCACAGAAAUAAAAUAGACAUUAAUGUCCCCCGCCUCAUGCACCUGACUAGACCAACACUGUUAUUAGCUGCUAUUCUUUCCAUUCAAGUUCAUGGAAUAUGACAAUAGAUGCGAUAGGAGUAACGAUUGUAAAGGAGACAUUCAAUUCAUAAAUAGUACAAACUGUGUAGCAAGCAUGAAUGACGGGAGAGAUGCUAAUGACGUUGAAGUGAGCAAUGGUAGUUAUGAGGAUAAUGAAGAAGGAAAAGAGGACUUGGAUGGUCAUAAAAAUAUUGGUGAAAUCUCAGAUGAUGAUAUAAGAGAUAUGAAAUUUGAAUCAGAGAAAAAAGCUUGUGAGUUUUAUGAAACAUAUGCAGAAUAUCAUGGGUUUGCUGUAAGAAGAGAUGAGAUUGACCGUGAUUUCAAAAAAAAUAUUAUUAUGCGCCAAUUAGUUUGUAAUAGAGAGGGGAAAAGACAUAAGAAACAUAUGUUAAGGGAAAUCGGACUCUUUGGAAGUGAGGUAGCAGGUUCUAUUUAUAGGGCAGGUUCUGUUGUGACGUUGCGUGAAAAGGAGCCAAGGCCUAUCACUAGAACAGGUUGUCAUGCUCGAUUGCGUGUGUCAUAUGAUGUUGUGACUAGGAGUUGGAGAGUUGUUGCAUUUGAAUCUGCUCAUAAUCAUAAGUUAACUCCACAACGGUUUGUUCAUUUUAUUCUUAAGUAUCGUCGACUGAGUGAAGUUGAUAAAGCGCUUGUUGAUGGCUUGCAUACAUGUGGUGUUAGAACAUGUCAUAUUUUGGGUUUUAUGUUGGGUCAGAAAGGUGGUCAUGAAGAUUUGGGAUUUAUCAAGAAGGACCUAUAUAAUUAUUUUAGUAAUGGAGCCAAGGCUAAAAGAGAGAAUGGAGAUGCUUUUGCUGCUUUGUCUUAUUUACAGGCUAAAGCCGACAAUGAUCCGAUGUUUUUUUCGAAGUUUACCACAACAGAGGAUGGUCGUCUACAAAAUUUAUUUUGGUCAGAUGGUACUAGCCGAUUUGACUUUGAAUGUUUUGGUGAUGUGGUUGCAUUUGACACGACCUACAAAAAGAACAGGUACAACAAACCCUUUGUUAUUUUUUGUGGGUACAAUCAUCAUGGUGAAACUACAAUUUUUGGGUGUGCUUUAAUUUCAGACGAAAAGACAGAGACAUAUAAGUGGAUUUUAAAUGCGUUUUCUGAAGCAAUGUUCCAUAAAUGUCCUAAUAUAUUUGUUACUGACGGAGAUGGUGCAAUGCGGGAAGCUAUCAGAGUUGAAUUUCCAAAUGCGUCACAUCGCCUCUGUUUAUGGCAUUUACAUCAAAAUGCUAUUGAGAAUGUCAAGAAUAACAAGUUACUAGAAGAGUUUAAGUCGUUGAUAUAUGCUAAUUAUACCCCCGAGACAUUUGAAGAUGAGUGGAAGAGAAUUGUUGAUAAUAAUGGUCUCUCAGACAACAAAUGGGUUAAGAAAACUUAUGAGAUAAAGAAAAUGUGGUCAAGUGCGUACAUGCGAGACAAACUUUUAUGUGGUAUAAGAACUACAUCAAUGUAUGAAGGUAUCAAUUCAUUUAUCCAAGGAUGCUUUAGAAGGAAUUGA